AUGACUGAAGCAUCACCAGCCAUCCCCACCUUCAAGCUCGUCCUCGUCGGCGAUGGAGGAACAGGCAAAACCACUUUCGUCAAGCGCCACUUGACGGGUGAAUUCGAAAAGAAGUAUAUCGCCACUCUCGGUGUCGAGGUCCACCCUCUGCAGUUCUCGACCAACUUUGGCACGAUCUGCUUCAACGUGUGGGAUACCGCCGGCCAGGAGAAGUUUGGUGGGCUCCGGGAUGGGUACUACAUCCAGGGUCAGUGCGGUAUCAUCAUGUUUGAUGUCACCUCGCGCAUCACCUACAAAAACGUCCCCAACUGGCAUCGCGAUCUCGAGCGCGUCUGCGAGAGCAUCCCCAUCGUGCUUUGUGGAAACAAGGUCGACAUCAAGGAGCGUAAAGUGAAGACUGGUGCUGUCACUUUCCACAGAAAGAAGAACCUCCAGUACUUUGAAAUCUCGGCCAAGUCGAACUAUAACUUUGAGAAGCCCUUCCUGUGGCUGGCAAGGAAACUCGUCGGAAACAACACUUUGGAGUUCGUCGCUGCCCCUGCUCUCGCCCCCGCCGAGGUUGCCGUUGACGCCGCCCUGAUGAGCCAAUACGAGGCGGAAUUGAAGCGGGCCGAAGCUGUUCCUCUCCCCGAAGACGACGAGGAGCUCUAA